AAUGUUGUCGGGAGGGCUUGGUACAGACCAAAUUAAAACAGCGAUUUGGAGGGUGGCCAGACCUCAUUGUGAGGCUGGACAUUUACCACUUUAUGAGGCGGCUGGCAUCUGGCUGUACGAAGGAUGCUCAUCCCCUCUACCCCACCUUCAUGGCCAAAUUGUCCAGCUGCAUCUUUGAGUGGGACAGCAGAGACGUUGCAUUGCUGCGGCGAGCCAAGCGUGCCGAGCUGGUACAGGAAGGUGUACCGGGCAUUACCGACCGAAUGGUAGACCUCCACAUCACCAAGGCCGAACCGUCCAAGCACUGCAGAAGGCAGACAAGGGGAGAGCAGACGACAAUCACCUUGCUUGAAAGCCUGCUCGAUGAGCUGAUGGGGGAGAAGGGCAGCGACAAUCUUGGUGUCCCUCUGCUGGACAUGGAGAGGAUGAAGCACAUCUGGCGUGUCCAGAGGAAGCAUGUAAAGUGCAUUCAGGAUGUACCGGGUGUGCUUCUCUAUACCCAGACGGGCACCACCACCAAAGAGGGCAUUGUUCUGCCUAACUACAGGUGUGCUUGAGGGUCCACAUCCCUUGAGUCCUUCCACUUCCACGUGAACAGGUUCAUUCCAGGGACGAGUGCAAACAGCCUUAACUUGCAGCUGUACCUCCUGGAAGGGCUUAAUCGAUGGAACCAGGACCGUCAAACUGCAUCCCUGGCAGGCAAUCCUUCCAGCCUGCUCAGUUACUCAGGGGACCUUGUUCACUGUGCCAACACCAUGUGUCUCAAGGUGCUUGGAAGGAAAGCUGUGCCCUCUUUUCAGCCCCCUGCUGUUUACACUGGGGAGCUAAUAGGUAUUGAUUACCUCUUCCGUCAGACUGGAAGGCCCCUGCAGGAUAUACAGCCUGACUCAGAGGAGACCGAGCAGAUGCUGGACGAUGUCUGCACUGAGGAACAGGGAGAUGAGGGCUUUGAGGAUGCUGUCUAUGACCCAACCGUUGAGUGGCUGGACCUGUCCUCAGAUCCGUCACCUACCAGCUCUUCAACUCCCUCUUCUCUCCACUCUACUGCUUCUCCUCCUAGGCCUGGAUGUAGCUCCACUGCAGCAGCAUCUGAGCAUCAUCUGAAUGAGUAUGAGGACACAGACAUGCCCCCUGUCCCAUCCGCCCCUCCUGCUGGUUCUCUUCUUUUAAGAUCCACCAGCCUUUCUGCGACUACUUCUCCUGCUGCAAGAAAUACUUCUGUAGCGCGACGGGCUUUGGAUUUUCUGCCCAGGGAGUUGCCUGGCCCAUCAGCCGUCACUACCAGCUCAGCCUCCAUGCUUCCUCUUCCCACCACCCUCUCGACCACUGUCCCUACAGCCACAGUUUCCUCUGCAUCACAGCACACCACCCCAGCAGCACCUGCGCAACAUCUGGCAGUGGAUGAGCGUUGUAUUCCUGGAAUGGACCUCGUGGAUUGCCUGGCUGACUACUUGGUGGGGCUAAGACUUGAAACUGGCCUAACCCUCACCAACCUGCAGGCCAGUACAAUUAUAGCCCUGUGGCAGAACCUCCUGCCAUAUGAUCGCCAGCGGGUGGAGUAUGCUGCACGGCACAAGAGUCGCCUGAUAACAGGACGCUUCAGGUGCUCCAAACAGAGGGCUGAAUUCACACCAGGUGUGGAGAGCACGACACGCUGUGUCUUAGGGUCAACAGGAUCCCCUGCACAGUGGCCAGACUGUUGUCGCCUGGUAGAGUCCAUCUUUAUCAAACUGUGCCGCCUCUAUAAGAGCCCUAAAAAACAGGGCUCUCAGGUUCUGACAAGAUGGACUCUCAUCAUGAACGAUUAUAUAAAAAUCAGGGAGCUGGUCCUGGGUAAUGGUGUGGUGAUGCAGGAUAUUACACUACAAUUGUUUGAGGUCAAUCAAACAACCCUCAUUCAGUGGCACAACAAGCGCCUGAAGAGGCAGGAUUGUAGUAUUCUGCUGCAAGGGGUUAAUUUGCCUCCCGCUAUCCCCAUUGCUCCGGUGCCUCUGCCACCUAUGCAGUCACACCCCACUGCUGCACCCCCACAUCCUGGCGCCUACCAUCAAUACCACUUGCCAGAGAGUACAGUAGGAAAGGCAGUGGACAAGAGGAAAUCUGUUCGUCCAACCCCACCAGUCUACUUGCCUCCAGCUAUUCAUGUUGCUCCUGUGCCUCUCCCACCAGUGCAGUCACGCCCCACUGCUGCACCCCCACAGCUUGGCCCCCAGCAUCGAUUCCACUUGCCACACACUUCAGCACGAAAGGCAGCGGACAAGAGAAAGUCUGCUCUUCCAGCCGAACACCCUCAUCCUCCAAAGGCUGUCUGCCCAGGAUUGCCUUCUCUGGUCACACAGCAGACACAUCCGCAUAGCUCUGCCCCUAUUCCUGUUGUACCCACACCCAUCCCACCCUGUGAUAUGACUAAGACGGGUAAACCAGACUCAUACUGGGAAGGUAUCAUGUACCAGUAUGCCCAGGGAAAGUACCGGUUUUCCACAGUCCGCAGGAUAGACAUCUUCGGGUCACAAAUUGCCUGCAAAUGUAGAUAUCAUAUGUUCUUGCGGGUCAUCAACCCAGCCGAUCAGGAGUGGAUUGCCCAGUGUCUUUACAAGGCCACAGGGUGUCUGCGGCAAGAGGCUUCUAAGAACUGGUUCCUUCCACCUGAUCCACCAAAGCUGACAAAUGUACGACCUGACCCCAUGGCCUACUUCAGGCAGCGGAUGUUUCUGUGGGCACCAAUGCGGAUGUGGAGUAUUCCAAUUAAAUGUGUGCAGUGCAACAGCAAGAUGCACCACUCUGGGAUUUACCCAAAAGCCCGGGAAGUAAUUGACCUUGACUCCAGCGAAUGUGGGCAGCUGCUCAACUGUGUGCUCACCACUGUCGAGGGAGCUGGACUGGAUGAGUUGUGCCGGGGGAUCGUGAAGCGCUACAAGAAGGCUGGCGAGCCAGAGCCCGAAUUGUCCAACUGCAUUUUUGAGUGGGACCAGGAUGAUAUUUGUCGCCUCAAAGAGGCAAAGAAGUCCAAGCUGCAGAAACAGCAUGCAGGUCAUGCUCCUACAGAGGCUCAAGUUCUGGCCAACAUCAGCUCCAGUGAACUGGCCAGACAUUGCAAGAGGAGAACUCUGGGGGUUGAGGAAACACGGAGGCUGAUCGAUGGUUUGCUAGAGUCUAUGUGGGAACUGACCGACACCACAGGCUUGCGACUUAUCAACCCUGAGAGCAUGACUAAAGUAUGGGAGACGCCACAGAAGCACUUGACAUGCAUCCAAGAUCCUCCUGGAGUUGAACUGUAUACCAAAGUCCGCUCUGGGUCAAAAAAGGGAGACAAGGUCCUGGAUGUCUUGAGAUGUGGCAGAGGGUCCUCUUCUGUGUAA